AUGCAAAUGAGAGGAUUAUGGAAUAAUACUGUUAUAACUGAAUUUAUACUAUUGGGAUUUCCAGCAAGUCAAAUAUUUCACACCUUUCUAUUUUUAAUAUUUUUUAUUACAUAUGUGUUAACAGUUACUGGAAACUUGGUUAUCAUUGCUGUAAUUCGAGCUGAUUUGCAUCUUCAUCGUCCCAUGUACUUUUUCCUCAGUAAUUUUGCUUUUAUGCAGAUUUCUUAUGUAACUGUUACUGUUCCUAAAUUACUUAUAGGCUGUUUGGUCACACAAAACAAAAUAUCCAUUAGUGCUUGCUUUUGUCAGUGUUACUUUUUCUUUUUUCUUGGAGGAAUAGAGAACUGCUUGCUGGCAAUCAUGGCUUAUGAUCGAUAUGUGGCCAUUUGUUCUCCAUUAAGGUAUAAUUCUAUCAUGACACAAAAGUUUUGCUUGAGUUUGACAUGUGGCUGUUGGUUGGGAAUCUUUCUUGGCUCCUUAAUACCUGUGAUUUUAUUAGCAAAAUUAUCAUUUUGUGGACCAAACAUUAUUAAUCAUUAUUUUUGUGAUGUAUCCCCACUUCUAAAAUUGUCCUGUACAGAUACUUCUCUCCUGAAAUCGUUCUUUUUCAGUUUAAUGUGGGUCAUUGUUUUCAGCUGUCUCUUGUUCACUCUUGUAUCAUAUAUUAAUAUAAUUUGUGCAAUCAUGAAAAUUUCCUCUGCAGUGGGCCGUCAGAAAGCAUUCUCCACCUGUGGUUCACAUCUUACAGUUGUAAUCAUUUAUUUUGGGGCUGUCAUAUUCAUGUAUGUCAGACCAAAAGAAAGUUAUGCCUUUGAGGAGGACAAGCUAAUCUCUGUAUUCUACUCCAUUUUAACUCCUCUUCUAAAUCCAUUCAUUUAUUGCCUUAGAAACAAGGAAGUUAAAGAGGCAGUGCAAAAAACGGUCCGCAAUGCACGGGCACCUUCCAUGGGG